ACCCUGUCAAAGAAAAAAAUCUACUGUGUCGGAAUGGCAAAAGGAGAACGUGUUCUAAGUUUGUGUGGGCUCACUGUGUAGAAUAGUUCGUUUAAUGGCGUUGUGGUCGGCUGUCACUGUCUCUUUGAAAUACCCGUAGGUGAAUUUUAUUUGACUGCUUGUACUGAAGACUAGUAGCCUAAAUACCAAAACUAUACACUAAGAUCUUAUGCUCAUGGACACCAAAAGUGAGGGGUAAAUCGCCGCUCCCGCUCAACCAUAGGUUAUCGGAACGUUCGAGCUUUGAAGCCACCAGCACAGUACAUUGUUUAUUCUACGAAGUAGUUUUAUGGUUAUUCAGUACAAUGUAGCAGUGUUUGUGAAUUACAAGCUUGAAUGUAACAUGAUAUUGAGUUCGAUAUGACUAAUGUGACGCCAAGCAAGAGCGUAGAAUGGCUGCAAGUGGAGUUAGAAUCCGGAGGGAGCUCCUUGCUUUUGCUGGACUGCCGAUCGCACGAGCUUUUCGAAUCAUCCCACAUAGAAACGGCCAUAAAUUUGGCCAUACCUGGACUAAUGUUACGGAGGUUUAAGAAGGGCAAUAUACCCAUCCGAACUAUCAUUCCAAACCAUGAAGAUCAGGAGAAAUUUCUAAGACGAUGCGACACAGAUACAGUGAUUCUGUAUGACGAGUGCACUAUGGAUUUGCAGGAGAUUGGAACCACAGGUUCCGUUCUGGGACUGCUUCUUCAGAAGUUAUGGGAUGACGGCUGUAAAGCAUAUUACCUGGAAGGGGGAUUUCUGAAGUUCCAGACAGAGUAUCCAGAGCACUGUGAGACGCUGCUGGACAGCUCCUGCCCCAGCUGCUCUCCUCCCCUCUCCGUCCUGGGCCUGGGGAGUCUGAGGAUCAGCUCCGACUGCUCCGACGGGGAGUCAGACCGGGAGCCCAGCAGCGCCACCGAGUCUGAAGAGAGCCCCAUUCCUAACAACCAGCCCGCCUUCCCCGUCCAGAUCCUCCCGCACCUGUACCUGGGCUGUGCCAAAGACUCCACCAACCUGGAUGUGCUUGGACAGUACAACAUCAAGUACAUCCUCAACGUUACACCCAACCUGCCUAAUGCGUUUGAACAUGAUGGCCACUUCAGGUACAAGCAGAUCCCCAUUUCUGACCACUGGAGUCAGAACUUGUCUCCGUUCUUUCCUGAAGCCAUAUCAUUCAUCGAUGAGGCUCGCUCGCAGCAGUGUGGCGUCCUGGUCCACUGCCUGGCAGGGAUCAGUCGCUCCGUCACUGUCACCGUGGCCUACCUCAUGCAGAGGCUCAACCUGUCCCUCAACGAUGCCUACGACUUUGUCAAGAGGAAAAAGUCCAACAUUUCCCCAAAUUUCAACUUCAUGGGGCAACUGCUGGACUUUGAGAGAACACUAGGGUUGCACAGCCCAUGUGACAACCGUGCACCGAAUGAGCAGCUCUACUUUACAACGCCGACCAAUCAUAAUGUAUUUCAACUGGACAGGCUGGAAUCUACAUGAUGGGACAAGGCAGCCAUUUUUUUGUUUCCCACCAUGUAGACAUUUUCCAAUAGGAUGCCUGCUUGUGUCAAGGCCAGGCAGAGAGAGAAACCAGGGGCGGCUGGCAGUACAGAUCCUUCCAAGGACGUGAUAUGCUCCCUUCUGUAUAAAACAUGCCCUGUGUCUGAUGCCUUACAUUUGACUACAAGCAGGACUAUUGUAAAACAAGACCAGUCAUCAAAGACAACCAAUGGUGUACAAUCAUAAUAAAAAGUAUAAUAUCUUCAGGAGGAUUAGAGAGGCUUUAAUUGUUUCAUAUUCUCCAGCUGGAAAGGUGUUGUAUGUUGCUUGGCCGUUUAGAAUGUGAACCAUGGUUUUCUUUGACUUAACUGUCACUGAUUGGGUACACAGAGGGAUAUGGGCCACUGUAAACUGCCAGUGAAUAACCUUCCUACAGAUGACUGUUGUAGACCUCUUAAUUUGCAGCUCAAUGCAUUAGAAUGGACAUUUAGCAGAACAUGUUAAAAGCUCUCUAAGGCUUACUUUUCUACUUUUAAUUCCUUCAUUACUUACAGUAUGUGCUAUUCCUUCCAUUUGAAAAAUGUCAAAUAUGUUUUUUUUGUGCAAAAUUCUUGUAAGAUACAUUGUGAUAUACUGUAUAUGCACAUUUGGUAUGUGAUUAAGAUUCACAGAGGAUAUUUUUGUAUACUUUCGCCUGUUGUUCCUGUGGCCUUUACCAUACCUUUUCUAAGUUAACAAGCAAAUUAACUGUCUUUUACCAAGGAUUUGGGUAUAGUGUAUAGGAUUGUAUUUUACCAUGCUUGAAUGAAAAAAUGUAUCAUAGUAAUAAUCCAUUUACAAAUGAAUUAACAUGAGCUUAUUACCACACUCCUAGACAGUCUUAAGUGUUUAGCUACUCCUGUUGUGGCGCGAUGAUGUCAGGGCAUAUUUUUGGUGUUUUUAUCAGUGCUCAAUUGCCAGUAAUAACAAGUGGGCUAAAAGUUAAAUCUUGAGGGAAUUAAAACAAAUGAGUCACACAGUUGUGUUCUUACCUCAUAGAAAGGCAUAUUCAGGGAUUUUAUACAAGACAUCUGUAUCUUGUCACAGCUCCUUAAAUAUAUUAAAGAGCUUGUUUAUUUGGUGUGUACGUGUUUGUAAACUGUACAUAAGAUUUGGGAAUGGGGGACCUUUUUCCUCAAAAUCAAGAAUUGUGAAAUUGACCCUAUUAUAAACUGAAUGUGACUAAGCGUACAGAACAUUAAUGCACAAGUUUAUACAAGAAAUAAAUGGUAUAUUUUUACGCAUUCA